GCCCACUUGUAAUCGACUGACAAGACAGCAUGAAAAUGAGGCUGACACUUGGAUAUGUGCUCAGUGCGAACGCGUUCCCUCAAAGAGACACCUAAGCCUCGGAUGCUAACAUUAUGGGAGCUGUUUGUUUUACCAGGCACAUUUGUUUGUUUUUGCUCCUCUUAAACAGUCGUCAGAGCUCCGGGAGUGCCGGAAAUCAAGAUACAGAUCCCUGUGCAGAAGGAACAGAUGCCUGUCACAUGGAUGCUAUUUGUCAGAGCUCCCUCAAAUCCUAUAAGUGCACUUGUAAAACAGGUUACAAGGGGGAUGGAAGGCAAUGUGAAGACAUUGAUGAAUGUGAAUAUGAGCACAAUGGUGGCUGUGUACAUGAAUGUAACAACAUUCCUGGCAAUUAUCGCUGCACUUGCUAUGAUGGGUUCAUGCUAGCACAUGAUGGACACAACUGCCUAGAUGUGGAUGAAUGUACUUUUAAUAAUGGUGGCUGUCAGCAUAUUUGUGUUAACACAAUGGGAAGCUACGAGUGCCAAUGUAACCCUGGAUUUUUCCUUAGUGACAACCAGCACACCUGUAUUCAUCGUUCAGUGGAAGGAAUGAGCUGUAUGAACAAAGAUCACGGCUGUGCCCACAUAUGCAGAGAGACCCCAAAGGGAGGAGCCUCUUGUGAAUGCAGACCUGGAUUUGAGCUGGCCAAAAAUCAAAGGGGGUGUAUUCUGACAUGCAAUCAUGGAAAUGGUGGUUGCCAGCACACCUGUGAUGAUACUGAAUUUGGGCCAAUAUGUGGAUGUCAUCAAAAGUAUGCCUUGCAUUCUGAUGGGAGGACAUGUGUAGAGAAGGAGGCUUCAGCCGAGAAUGCUGUUUACAAUACCACGUCAUUAGCUGAUGUGGACAAGCGAGUGAAACGCCGACUGCUCAUGGAAACUUGUGCUGUCAAUAAUGGGGGCUGUGAUCAGACAUGUAAAGACACUUCAACAGGUGUCCGGUGUAGUUGUCCAGUUGGAUUUACUCUGCAGUCUGAUGGAAAAACUUGUAAAGACAUUGAUGAAUGUCAGUUCAGCAAUGGAGGAUGUGAUCAGUUCUGUAAAAAUACAAUUGGGAGUUUUGAAUGCAGUUGCAAAAAAGGAUACAAAUUAUUAACUGAUGAGAGAUCUUGUCAAGAUAUUGAUGAAUGCUUUUUUGAAAGGACUUGUGAUCACACAUGUGUCAAUUACCCUGGAUCCUUUGAAUGUGUUUGUAAUAAGGGGUACACUCUCUACGGUCUAGCACAUUGUGGAGAUAUUGAUGAAUGCAGUGUCAACAAUGGAGGUUGUGAAUAUGGUUGUGAGAAUGUGCCUGGAAGCUUUGAAUGUCACUGUCCUAUGGGCUACAAGCUUCAUUGGAACAAGAAAGAUUGUAUUGAAUCAGAUGGUGUGCCAGGUGAUAAACUGCAUUCUAAAGCUAUUUUAAACUGCAGUAAAGUGGAAGGCAUUGAUUGCUGUUUUCUGACAUGCCAGUCACAUGUGCACAUCCAGGCAGGGUUGGAAGAUUCAUAUACAGUCACAUGUGGUUUGCCCUCCCCAUGUGUUAAUGGACAAAAAAAUGAAAAUGUGUCAGCUUGCAAUAGAUUGGAAUCCUUAAACUUUCCACGGAUCAAGACAACAGCAACUUUUAAGGUUAACUCAGCAAAAUGUAAUUUAAGAAGAAGUCAAGAGAUGCUGAAAGAAACUUUAAAAUUAGCACUUAAAGAGAAAAGGGGCCCACAUGCUGAAAACUUGCAGUUCAGUUUUGUGCGUCUACAAUGUUAUACUUCAAAGAAAGGACGCAGUCAGCCAGGACGGAAGGCUGUAGAAGAAGAAGGUUCUAUUAUUGUGGCUGAAUUUGAGAUGGAACUGAGCCAGGGAGAGGUAACAGAAUCUUGUGACUUGGGCUGUGUGCGGAAGCGGACGGAGAAGAGACUACGGAAAACUAUCCGUACUCUAAGAAAAUCAAUCAAUAGGGAACAGUUUCAUAUAAAUAUUGGUGGAAAUGAGUAUGAACUGUCAAAAAAAGGUUCAAAAUCCCGUGAUGCAAACGACCAGUGUGGUACUGGGCAAGUCCUACUGGACAACACAUGUGUUAGCUGCACUGCAGGAACAUACUAUGAUGGGGAGCAAGGAAAGUGCAUUUUAUGUCCUGGUGGCACUUAUCAAGAUGAAGAAGGUCAGCUUUCUUGUCAGUCGUGUCCUAUUGCUGGUGAUGCAGGAGGUCCCAAAAUCAUUGGAGCAAGAAACAUUUCUGAAUGUGGAGGUCAGUGUUUCCCAGGUGAAUUCUCUUUAGACGGAUUUAAACCUUGCCAGUCCUGUCCACUUGGAACAUAUCAGCCUGAAGCAGGCCGAACAUCUUGUUUUCCCUGUGGGGGAAGCCUCACAACAAAGUAUGUCGCAGCAGUAUCUUUCCAGGACUGUGAAACAAAAGUUCAGUGUUCACCGGGACAUUUUUAUGACACAACAACUCACCGAUGUAUUCGCUGCCUACUGGGGACAUAUCAACCUGAGUUUGGGCAGCAUUACUGCAUUGCAUGCCCUGGAAACACCACAACCGACUUUGAUGGCUCAACAAAUGUAACUCAAUGUAAAAACAGACAUUGUGGAGGAGAACUUGGAGAUUUCACUGGAUUUAUUGAAUCUCCAAAUUAUCCUGGGGAUUAUCCAGCAAAUAUUGAAUGCACUUGGAACAUAAACCCCCCAUCUAAACGACGCAUUCUCAUAGUGGUCCCAGAGAUAUACCUGCCUAUUGAAGAUGAAUGUGGAGACUAUUUAGUCAUGAGGAAAAGCUCUUCAUCCAACUCAGUUACUACAUAUGAAACUUGUCAGACCUAUGAACGUCCAAUAGCAUUUACUUCAAGAUCCAAAAAGUUAUGGAUUCAGUUUAAAUCAAAUGAGGGCAACAGUGCAAAGGGAUUUCAAGUUCCAUAUGUUACAUAUGAUGAGGAUUACCAGGAGCUAAUUGAAGACAUUGUUCGGGAUGGGAGACUCUAUGCCUCAGAAAAUCAUCAGGAAAUACUAAAGGACAAGAAGUUAAUCAAGGCGUUGUUUGAUGUCCUUGCACAUCCACAGAAUUACUUUAAAUAUACUGCACAAGAGUCAAGGGAAAUGUUUCCAAGAUCAUUUAUUCGUUUCCUUCGAUCUAAAGUCUCAAGGUUCCUUAGGCCUUAUAAGUAGCUACUAAAAACGUACUUCCAGGACAAAUUGGGUACUUAUUUGGUGAAUUCCCACAGAAGACGAGCUUUUAAUAGUAUUUGCUUCCAGUGUUGCCAACUCAGGAAAUUUGGGCAAAAUCUAGUGAAAGUCUGCUAUUUGAAGUCAGUUGGGAAUGAACAAGACUCUGCUGAUGUGGCGAUCGUGAAGACCAUUUGAUGGUGUACUCUUUCAUGAACUGCUUUCUUUUAAAGAAGACUUUGAAAAGUACAUUUGGAUGUAUUUAAAUCUUCAUGGAGUUAUCUUACGUUGAUGUUGCAGUGCAUUAUGACAGUAUAUGAAAGGCUAAUUAAUACACCUCUAAAUUACAUUUUCUAGGUAUUCCAAUAUAAUGCGGAGUACCUGCACAACAAACGACCGAGACCAGGUGAUAGCACAUGAGAAUGCUUGUUCAGAAGUUCCAAAGGAGAUUUAUAGGUGUGGAGUAAUGCACGGUUUUUAAAAUUGCAUGAUAUUGAAACAUUAUUUCAUACAAUAACCAUUUGUUACACUGCCGCUUUACAUUUGGUUGUCACUAACUAAACUAAACUAAAUACAAGGAAAUAUUUAGUAUGACACCCCUGCUGUCAGUUGACUUUUAUUCAGAUGAUGACUCGAUUGCACUUGAUACACAUCUGUACAGUGCUCUUGUUUCUCUUUUUACACCAUAAGUGUAAAUCUUAUCAUUUAUUGAUCCCUCCCAACCUCUCUGUCUAACUUUCGUGUUACUAGAGAGAUCUGCCACUGUGAGCACACGAGUGUCCGUGGACUUCAGUCAAUCGUUCACACUGUAAAACUGUACAGUUGGUUUAUCGGGUCUCUGCCAACAGCUGUGUUCUGGAAGAAGGCUGAAAACAAGGCCAAGAGAGACUGAAUGCCCCAUAAUGGGGUUUUUAAAUUAAAUUUAAAAAACUAAAGACCUUGGGAUUGUAAAGUUUAAAUAUGACAUGGCUCUUAUUAAACAACAAGCUACGCUGUUCUUUUUGGCACAUCUUGUAUGAAAGCAGAGUGCUGCUCAUAUCAUCUCAGUUAAUGGCAGCAAGUUGAAAUGAAAGUCUUACGGUUCUUUUUUACAAAUAAUGUGUC